AUGGAAAGCACUCCGAUUGAAAUUUACAAAGAAGACACUAAGUGCCUCUCCCCGCUGCUGGAAGACUGCCCAGCGAAUUCAACUGUUUGGGUGUCCGGAUACUCUGACAGCCGCAAUGUGACCCACGAUGAUGAUAGCUGGGAGCAGGAGAGCAUGUCUCCCAUCAUCCCCAUUAUCACCACAGUGUACUCCGUGGUGUUUGUGGUCGGCUUGUUGGGCAACUGCCUCGUUAUGUAUGUGAUCAUCAGGUACACAAAGAUGAAAACAGCCACCAAUAUUUAUAUUUUCAACCUGGCACUCGCUGACGCCCUCGUCACCACCACAAUGCCCUUCCAGAGCACGGACUACCUUCUGAAUACAUGGCCCUUUGGUGAGGUGGUAUGCAAGGUCUUCAUCUCCAUCGACUACUACAACAUGUUCACCAGUAUCUUCACUCUCACCAUGAUGAGUGUGGACCGCUACGUGGCUGUGUGCCACCCUGUGAAAGCCCUGGAUUUCCGCACUCCCCUCAAGGCCAAGAUGAUCAACGUGUGCAUCUGGAUCUUGUCCUCGGCUGCAGGGAUACCUGCUUUUGUGCUGGGCGGUACCCAGACGAACAGCGACAUAACAGAGUGCGCGUUGCAGUUCCCAGAGCCAUACGCCUACUGGGACACACUGAUGAAGAUAUGUGUGUUUGUCUUUGCCUUCGUCGUGCCUGUGCUCAUCAUCACCGUGUGUUACUCCCUCAUGGUCCUGAGGCUGAAGAGCGUCCGAAUGUUGUCCGGCUCGCGGGAGAAGGAUCGCAACCUGCGCCGGAUCACGCGGUUGGUGGUGGUCGUGGUGGCCGUGUUUGUAGUCUGCUGGACCCCCAUUCACAUCUUCAUCUUGGUCAAAGCUCUCGUCAGCGUGCCGGAAACCACCGCCAUCAUGGCCGCCUACUUCUUCUGCGUGGCUCUGGGUUACACCAACAGCAGCCUCAAUCCUGUCCUCUACGCCUUUCUGGAUGAGAACUUCAAACGCUGCUUCAAAGACUUCUGCCUGUCAGCCAAACUGAAGGGGGAGAAGGUGUCAGGCAGCAAAAAGCCCCCCACCACUGUGCGGGAGGCCACUGUUCCCCUGGAGAACCCAGAUGGGACUAGUAAGCCGACAUGACUAGCGGUGGAACUGUCUUCAAUCUCCCACAUUGGAAAAGAAGACUCACAGUACCUGGGCUUAACCCAUGUCACAACAGCAACGUAGACUGGGCUUCUGACUCAGUUCAUUUUCAUUAUCACCCAGGGUACCAUCAUUGAUGCAGUUGUUCAUAAAUCUACAUAAAUUCAUCGUCAUCCCCUCUGACUGUU